ACAUGAGCCCUCCCUCAAACACUCAUGACAGAACCCGGUCUUCCUCUGCUACAGCAAGGGUCAGGGGCAACACUGCGACCAACACAACCAUAUACCACAGUCUUUGAGCAGAGACCUGCAAGCUAAACCUACAGACUCAUCCUAUAGCGACAUUGCGGGAUAACCCUUAAUUGGUGUUCAGCAUGGCCAAUCACACCAGCGUCCUGAGAUGCAUCCUGCUACUGCUAUUGGCCGUCACUCUGGCCUCGGCUUUGAGAACAUUGGACACGAAUGAAGAGCUGGAGAAGACUGGCUUCGGGACCCCGCCCCCUCGCCACGGCCUCAAACUACUCCUCUGGUAUGUCCAGACCUGCAUCGACAACAACAUGGUGUCUCUCUGUGACCCCAGGGAGGGAGCAUACGGGUUCCAUAUGUUCAAGAACUAUAAACUGUUACUCCCCAAACUGAAAGACCAGAACCUGUACACCUACUACACCAUUGGUAACCUCCAUUCCCACGGUGCAGAGAACCUGCCCUAUGAAGUGAGGCGGUACUACGACAAGGACAACCUCCUCAGCAACCAGGACAGGGUGUUGGUGAAGUACAACCAGAACAACAAUCACAUCGACAAGAUCUACAUCUCAGAGCACUACAAGCAACGCAAGACCUACAUGAUCGGGCCCAAUCUUCUCUCCUCUCUCAGACAGCCCAGCUGUCUUGCAAUGAUAUGAUGUAUGAAUAUAAAAUCUGUACAUUAUGCUUUUCACUGUUGUUUUUCUUGCCACAAACCUGAUGGCAUUACUAAACCUGUAAUAUGUCAACCUGACUUCAUUGGUGAUGUGUUCACUGUAACUUUCUGUUUCCUUUACAGACACGCUAUAGAAAUGCAUUUUUACAGACAGAACAUUGCGAUCCUGAGUGCACUGAAAUCAAGUUAAUUUAUGUCUGCUAUAAUGCAGGUCAGUUUAGCACAUUGACAAAUGUCCUUGUUCAAUCAUUCCUAUUGAUGUUGAUUCAACUGAUGACUACAACAUGACUAUAAAAUGUGAACGUAAUGCAAAA